GUCUGCAGUAUAGACGAUCUGGAAGACGGCAAAGAAUAUGUGGUCUGCGGCAAGGGAGAGGUGUUUAAAAGGACUGAAUAUUCCAAAACGGAUACGUUGAGGCCCAAAAGACUGUCAAAUUCGAAAUUUACUGUCCAAAAUAUAAAUGUACCCAAAAUUAUAUCGCCAGACUGUGUUCGACCUCGAAUCGUUACUAUUAUUAGAAAUGGAAUUAAACCAAGAAAGACGCUGAGAUUACUUCUCAAUAAAAGAAAUUCAUCCAACAUGGAACAGGUGUUAAGUGCAUUUUCGGAAGUUGCUCAAUUGGCAGUGAGAAAAGUUUUUUCGCUAUCUGGCCAAUCAAUAACUGAUCUACCUCAGUUUUUUGCUACGGAUGACGUUUUUUUCGUCUACGGUAAUGAAAAAGCAUCUCAGGGCGAUUUUGAAUUAGAAUUCGAAGAAAGUAAAGCAAUACAAUCUUAUAAAAAAACGCCUGGCCUCAGAAAUGGGUAAGGUUUUAGUCGUUUGAGUUAAUCACACUUUUAAAUAUUGA